AUGCAGCUAGAUCCGCUCCUGCUAACAGUUAGUUGCAACAUAAAAUCAGACAGACAUGUCUGCUUCAUCGCUUCUACACCUGGCCCUGCCUUGUGCAGUUCGAACAGCUACGCCUCCGGGAACAGCCAGAACACGGGAAAUGUCCUGACGGGCGUCCCGACAACACGAGUGUUGAGGCCACCAGGAGGUGCUUCCCAGAUGAGUCUGGCAUGGGAUACAGGCCCAACGGCUCCUCAGCUGUUCCAAUCAGAAGUCGCUGCAUGA